AUGCCAUCCGUCAAAAACCCUUUAGAGGAGGCUGUCUAUCCAGCAGAGGAGCUUGCCAAAUACAACCUUAUCGGUAGCUCUGGCCAAAUACGGAUGCAUGACCCUGCAAACACGGAUAAUGGCAGUGUAGUCACCAUGAAAAGAAAAGUGAAACACAAGAUCCAUCCCAACAACAAAUCAAAGACACAUAUAAGGAGACAGAUAUCUGGUUGCUCUUGGAAUUUAUCCAGAUGGUACGCAUUCAUCCAUUGGAAGAACCUCUUUGUUGUUGUGGUGGUCCCCCUGUUUGGUAUGAUGCUAGGUGUUAUGUUGCGCCCUGCAAUUUGGAGAAAUACAAUGUAUUUCACGCUCUGGAAUUACAUCAUUACAAUGAUAUCCAUCAAUAUAUAUUAUCAUAGAUACUUAUCACACCAUUCCUUUGAUUUCAAACAUGAUCACCUCCCCAUUGCCCUCGCCGUUGUAUCCUGUGGUGCAGGAAUAACAAGUGCCAAGAACUGGUGCUCAUCUCAUCGCGUGCAUCAUAGAUACUGUGAUGUCACCGAUGCAGACCCUCAUAACAUUCGGAAGGGAGUUUUGUUCAGCCAUUAUGGAUGGAUGAUUCUUAAACAUAGUAAGAAGAUCUCCAAUGUCAUUAGAGAAUGUAAGUUAGACACUCUGCCAAAUGAGAGAAUUGUGAAAUGGCAAUACAAUUACUACAUGUUGUUGUUUUUAUUUGCUGGUUUGAUAUUUCCAUGUCUAUUUUGCGGUUUACUUUGGGGUGACUAUUUGGGAGGCCUAAUAUACGGUGGAAUCUUGAAGAUCUUUUUGGUCCAAAAUUCGAUUUUCUCCAUAAAUUCUCUCGGUCAUUUACUCGGCUCGCAACCUUACAAUAACAACAAAUCAAAUAGAAACAACUUCAUUUUGGGUAUAAUCACCUUAGGUGAAGGAAAUCAGAAUUUCCACCACGAAUUCCCCAUGGAUUAUAGAAACGGUUAUGAAUGGUACAGUUUCGAUCCCACUAAAUGGACAAUCAGGUUGCUAGAACUCUUUGGUCAAGUUACUAAUAUCAAGAAGGCGCAGCAGAAUACCAUUGAAAAAUCUCUAAUUCAGCAACAGCAGAGGCUAUUAGAUGAUAUAAGAUCACAACUAAAUUGGGGGAUCCCAAUAGAUAAGUUGCCCGUAUUUUCACCAGAAGAAUUCAAGGCAUUAUCUCUAAACUCGAAAAACAGGUACCUGGUUGUUGUGUCGGGCAUUAUCCACGACGUGACUCCCUUUGCCCAGGAUCACCCUGGUGGCUUGUCCUUAAUUAGAGCCUCGCAUGGUAAAGACGCCACUACAGCCUUCAAUGGAGCAGUUUAUCAGCAUUCAAACGCUGCUCACAACCUACUUGCUACCAUGCGAAUUGGCAAGAUAGGUGGGUGUGAGAGUCUCUAUUGGAGACAACAACGUAUUGAAAAUAAAAACGUACCGCUCGACAACGAUUCCGAAGGUAAGAGAAUUGUCCGUAUUGGUGGUCAAGAAACCAGCUUUGGUCAACUCGGCAGCACUGCAGGAGCAGCCUAA